AUGGAUUACUUCUUCUUUCGAUACUAUUACAAAAAUCCAAGCCUAGUGGUCAGGGAAACCUCAGAAAUGGCAUUCAUCAAGCUACCCCACGGAGUCAAGCAGCUCAUGGACAAACUGAAGAACACCAACAUGUAUGCUGUCCUGAUACUGAUUCCUUCAAGCGAGAAGGCAAGACAAAAGUUCAGCCGUCAUAGAAAAGGACUGAUGACCGAGCUGCAAGAUUUCGCCGGCCAUUUUGACAUCAUCGGUCAGCUGAAUGGUUUCGCCAAGCAUUCGCUGAACGUCUCAAAGAACGUCGUCAUCCUGUUGGACAAUGUCCUUGGUGACGUCACGACGGGUCUAGGCUUCUACCAAGGUUUCGUCACAGCGGUGGCCGGCAUCACUGCCAUCAUCGUGGGCCUCUAUGCGUUAGGCAACCAAUGUCUGAUGCUGCGAGCCCCUACAGGCGUUUGCAGCUUCAACACUGCCAGCCGGAUCAUGAUGGUGGCAGUGUUCCUGUUCGUCCUCUUCUUUCCGCUAUCCAUGAUCACUUCGACGGUGGGAACCUCCAUGGGCAUGGUCGCCGACCAAAAGCUCUGCGUGCCCGCGCAGAGUCUGGGGGCGCCUGGUUCGCAUUCCUUCGUCGAAUUCCUGGCCAAUAGUCUAGGGAGCAAGGGCACUGGCCACUUUUCAGCCGCUUUGCAUGAAGAGGGCACGGAAAGUGAAGACGGCACAGAAAGUGAAGACGGCACAGAAAGUGAAGACGUCACAGAAAGUGAAGACGGCACAGAAAGUGAAGACGGCACAGAAAGUGAAGACGGCACAGAAAGGGAAGACGGCACAGAAAGGGAAGACGGCACAGAAAGGGAAGACUGCACAGAAAGGGAAGACUGCACAGAAAGGGAAGACUGCACAGAAAGGGAAGACUGCACAGAAAGGGAAGACUGCACAGAAAGUGAAGACUGCACAGAAAGUGAAGAUGCACAGAAAGUGAAGACUGCACAGAAAGUGAAGACUGCACAGAAAGUGAAGACUGCACAGAAAGGGAGGACUGCACAGAAAGGCAAGACUGCACAGAAAGGGAAGACUGCACAGAAAGGGAAGACUGCACAGAAAGGGAAGACUGCACAGAAAGGGAAGACUGCACAGAAAGGGAAGACUGCACAGAAAGGGAAGACUGCACAGAAAGGGAAGACUGCACAGAAAGGGAAGACUGCACAGAAAGUGAAGACGGCACAGAAAGUGAAGACUGCACAGAAAGUGAAGACUGCCCAGAAAGUGAAGACUGCCCAGAAAGUGAAGACUGCCCAGAAAGUGAAGACUGCCCAGAAAGUGACGACAGCACAGAAAGCAACCAGUGCCUGAUGCUGCGAGCCCCUACCGGCGUUUGCAGCUUCAACACUGCCAGCUGGAUCAUGAUGGUGGCAGUGUUCCUGUUCGUCCUCUUCUUCCCGCUGUUCAUGAUCACUUCGACGGUGGGAACCUCCAUGGGCAUGGUCGCCGACUAAAAGCUCUGCGUGCCCGCGCAGAGUCUGGGGGCGCCUGGUUCGGAUUCCUUCGUCGAAUUCCUGGCCAACAGUCUGGGGA